AUGGGGUGGCAGUGUUUGUAUAGUCAGGGGAGAAUAAAACCUGGUGAAAAUGACAGUUUUGUCAAUGAGCUGGUCAGAUGUUUGGGAAGCAUUCCCCGAAACGCCGAGCGUAGCACCCUGAACGCCGGGGGCCGUCGCUGGUGCCUGCGCAGCCCUGGCCACCGCAGCAGCAGGCCCCAGCGCCCCUUGGGCUGCCGGCGGGGCCAUGGCAGCCGCCCGCCCGCGCCGGCACUGCCGUCCACAGGAAAGGAAGGAGCUUCGAGGCCGUGGGGAGUGAAGGGGAAGCACGUCCCAGCCCACAAGCGUUGCCAGGCCUGCCAGUGCUGCGGCUGCGUCCCGGUGAGGGAGCGAUCCGAGCCCCGACCCUCCUCCCCCCGCCACCCGGCCGCCCCGAGUUCCUCGCCCCGCCAAGCUGCGGCCGCUGUGGCUCCACGAGGUCCACCCCGAGCCCAGCCCUGGCCGCGGGGCCGUCCCGCGCGCUGGAGCUCGGUGAGGCGGCAGCGUAGCAGAGGAGCAGCACCGGGCAGCAGAGCCCCGCGAAGCUCGCAGGCCUGCGAGGGCCGGCACACCGCCUCGUCCAGGCGGGCUUGGCGCGGUCGGGCCAGUUUGCCUGCUCCGUCAUGUUUCGUAGAUCAUGUGCUGAAUGACGACGGAAAAGUUCCUUGCUUAAAAGCUGCAGCCCGGCAAUAUUUGUGUCCUUUCCAGAGACACCUCUUUCCCUGGCUGUCAGUGUCACUGCUGGCGUGGCCCUGGGCCUGCAGAGCGAUCGGCAGGUUCCCCGGUUCACCACGUCCUGCCUUCUUCACGACCCUGCGAAGCGAAACUUCCUCUGUCUGUCUCUGCAGGUCCCUUGCCGCCGUGAUGAAGUCUAAAGGGGUGCAAGUGCUCGUGAUUCUUGUAGUUCUGUCCUUUGGCCUGGUCCACUUCCGCUUCCUACCCUGCAGCAACCAUGCCCCCAGGGAAGAAAAGCCUCCUCCAGUCCACAUCCUCAUUCUGUCCUCCUGGAGGUCGGGAUCCUCCUUCACCGGGCAGAUCUUCAGCCAGCACCCCAGCGUCUUCUACCUGAUGGAGCCUGCGUGGCACGUGUGGGUCACGAUGUACCAGAGCAGUGCCAAAGCCUUGCACAUGGCGGUGCGGGACUUAGUCAGGUCUGUCUUUCUGUGCGACAUGUCUGUGUUUGAUGCCUACAUGUCUGGCCAGAAGAAAAAGUCUGACUUAUUUCAGUGGGAGACAAGUCGGGCCUUGUGCUCCCCCCCUGCCUGCGACUCAUUCAGCCGCAGCGACAUCAUAACUGCGGGCAAUUGCAGGACGAUCUGCGGCAAGUACCCGUUCAGCAAGGUGGAGGAAGCCUGCAAAACCUACAGGCACAUCGCCAUCAAGGAGGUCCGGAUCUUCGACCUGAAGGUCCUCUACCCGCUGCUCACUGAUCCCUCUCUGAACCUCAAAAUCAUUCACUUGGUGCGUGAUCCUCGUGCCGUGUUCAGGUCCCGGGAGAAUACAGUGGCUGACCUCACACGUGACAGCAACAUCGUCGUGGGGGCCCAGAGGGCAAAGGGAGAAAUGGGACCUUACAACACAAUGCAGGAAAUCUGUAAAAGCCACGUUGAGAUUUACAAAGCGGGCAGCCAGGCCGUUCCCAGCUUCCUCAAGGACCGCUACCUGCUGGUGCGCUACGAAGACAUUGUCAGAGACCCGCUAGCAAAGGCUGCUCAGAUGUACAGGUUUGCAGAACUCCAUUUCACCCCAGAGCUUCAGAAGUGGGUUCACAACAUCACCCAUGGGAAGGGGAAAGGAGCACAGGCCUUUGACAUUGGGUCCAGAGAUGCAGUGAGUGUAUCCCAGGCCUGGAGGAAGACCCUUCCCUUCCAGAAAAUAGAAAAAGUGCAAAAUGUGUGCAAGGAUGCAAUGGACUUACUGGGCUACCGGCUAGUUCAGUCCGAAGAAGAGCAGAAAAAUAUGUCGCUGGAUCUUUUGUUUGCCCAGAACUCCUCUGAGUGACAGACUCUGCAGGCAGAAAAGCUGCUCUCUGCGCCGGCUCUCUGAAGGCUGCAGUAUGCAGAACUAUUUGCUAAAGCAGAAGAGGACCGAGGUGCAUGCCUACGUGUGUGUGAGUGUGCAAGUGUGGGCUGUGAAAGGACCGGUAACACAGGAGCAGUGCUGCGAGGUCCUGACUGCACCUGUGACAGCUGUCCCAGCAGAGCAGCAUCAUUCUCCAAGGCCAGGCAAGCGCGUUGUCUUGGAACGGCUCCCAGAGGCUCAGCAACAAGGCAGGCUGGGGUCCCUUUUCCAAAUAAAGCCCAGGGUUUAUGCAAGAGAGGAAGUAGGUGCAGGUGGGAGCAAAUAAAACGCCCAGGGAGCAGGACCAGACAGCAGAGCCCAAAUCCUUCACAAGCCGCAGCUAAAUACCAGUGAAACCACACAGAGCAAUUGCACUGCCAAAGAAGAGGGGAUACAAGUGGAAUCUGGACAAAGAGCACAUUCCCCGGUCAUGCUGCUACCGCCAUUAUGUGAUGCCAGAAGAGGCACAAGGAUGACCAGAUACUGGUUUCUGGAAAGAUUCCCCUUUUUCUCAAUGGCUGAGUUUUCUAGCCCAGUUUUUCUUUUUCUCUGUUCCUGUGCAUGAGCAGCCAGCAUUAGUAGCAAUGCUGGGAAAGAUGUCUGUUCGCUUACUGUAUAAUGGAAAAAUAGAAUAAAUCUGCUAUAGCUGGUAAUAAAAACACUGUUAGUUUGGGAAUGGGAAUCCA